AUGUGCUCUUUGAUAGGCGCUGGGAUGGUUUGCGUCGAUGACUAUGGCUUGCCCGGUAAUUUGCCUUUGUCUUCUCCAAAAUGCAAGCGUAUGGCCCUGGGGGACGACUUCAAGGUGCGCCUUGGCGACGACUGGUUGGGAUUAUAUCUGAACGUGACCGGUGGUGAGUCUCGGCGCCUACGGCAUUCGUUUGUAUCUCAUGCCUUGCUCCUUGUGCCACAGACAAGCUCAAGCUGAGGCGCACGGCCGUGCUGAACGCUGUCUACGACAUCGCCCGUGACCUCGGCGGCGUUCCUGCCGAAUACCUCUCUGCAAGCACAGGGUGUGCAUACAAAGAAGCGCGAGCCAAUCUGUCAAUCAUGCGCGGGUAA